UGCUCAUCGUUUCGACUCUCGACUCUCAACUGAAAAGUCUUCUGCUGCAGUGGAUUGUUGAAUCCCCAGUUCUGAGUUCUCGAGUAAAUUUUACGAAUUUAUCAACAAAAUUCGAAGAUGACGGAACCUACUUCUCGACCCAUGACCAUCAGGGGCCCCUACGAGAAUGAAAGAGCUCGUUUGGAUGGAACGAUGACCGAUUUGGAUCGUGAAUGGCGAAAAAAAUGGCUCAAAGCUCAGGAGUUGGGCCACCAUGAACCUCGUACGCAAUUUAGUGCCAGCCAAAUGGAAAUGAAUCCAAUCCGUCGAGCAUAUCGUUUUCCCCUUGAUUUUGUCUUUUCUAAACUUCAAUCUAGAUUGGGAGACAAAACUCAGAUUACUCGCUAUUGGGUUGGUAAAUAUCUUCUUGCUGGAUGGCUGGUUUUGGGAAUUACAUACAAUCUGAAGUACAACUCUCAUGACUGGACUCGCAAGAAAGGAUUUGCGAUUUUCGGCUCCAGAACCGCAGUUUACCCAGGAGAUCCGAACUUCCCUAAAGUUUCCGAUAAAAUGAAGCCUUCUGACUACGCCGACUACGGAUUCAAAAACUCUCCCAUUUAAGAUUCUAUUUCAUGUUUCAGACGUGGUUGGAAGAAGUAGUGAAAAACACAAAUCCUGCUGUACAGAAGAGAGAAUAGAAAAAAGGGUCAAAUGUA